AUGAUGUCUCUACGCACCUCCUUGCUGCGAACAACCCGCAUUGUCUCCACGCGUCCUUUGAGCACCACCUCUCGCCUACAGAAGGACACACCCCCACCACCAAACAUCCCUCCUGGCGGACAGCAGAAGGGUCGUACUCAGUCUCCGGCUCACGACACAAAAUCAUCUGCCUCAACUAAAGGCUCUGCCCCGAACAAGUCUGGCGACGACCACCCAGCAAAGCAGCCCGACCCUCAGAAGGCCAGCGAUAGAAGUACCGGGUUCCAGGAAGUUAAAGAGGUCAAGGGUGGAAAGGAGGGCCUCGGAGCCAGGGAUGACAAGCAGUAG